UCCACUCCAGCCAGGUUCGCGCGGUGGCCGCUGGUCCGAUGCUGUCCGGCCAUGGCGAUCGGUGAUGGAGGCCGCCGGGGACGCUCGCCAAUGCCCUGCCCGGGCGCUGCUGCUGCCGCUGCUGCUGCUGCUGGUGCUGGCCGGCUGGGGCGCCUCGGGGGCUCCGGAGCAGCGGGCGGGGCCUUGGGCUUGCUCGGCUGGCCGCUGCCCGGAGAGCCUGGCGUGGGCCGUGCGCCUGACGGGCCCCGAGGAGGAGCUGGACCGGCUGGCCGAUGACUUGGCCCGGGAGGCCCGCCUGGUCAACGUGGGCCGGAUCGGCGAGCUGAAGGGCCACUACCUGCUGGCUUACCGGCCCGCCGGCGCCUCCGACCGGGCCCCCGGAGGGCUGCGGGAGGCGGCCGAGGCGCUGUUCGCGGGGCACGCGGGCGUGGGCUGGCACGCGGCGCAGCGGCUGCUCAAGCGCUCCAAGCGCGCCCUGCACUUCAACGACCCCAAGUUCCCCCAGCAGUGGCACCUGCAGGACAACCGCAAGAGCCCCGGCAUGGACAUCAACGUGACAGGCGUGUGGGAGCGGAAUGUGACAGGCCAGGGGGUGACGGUGGUGGUGGUGGAUGAUGGGGUUGAACACACCAUCAAGGACAUCCAGCCCAACUACAGCCCAGAAGGCAGCUAUGAUUUGAACUCCAAUGACCCUGACCCCAUGCCCCACCCGGACGAGGAGAACGGCAACCACCACGGGACCCGCUGUGCCGGGGAAAUUGCAGCCGUCUCCAAUAACAGCUUCUGCGCAGUGGGCGUUGCCUUUGGGAGCCGGAUUGCAGGGAUCCGCGUGCUGGAUGGGCCCCUCACAGACAGCCUGGAGGCCGUUGCCUUCAACAAGCACUAUCAGAUCAAUGACAUCUAUAGUUGCAGCUGGGGCCCAGACGACGAUGGCAAAACGGUGGAUGGCCCCCAUCAGCUUGGAAAGGCCGCCCUGCAGCAUGGUGUGAUUGCUGGCCGGAGGGGCUUUGGCAGCAUCUUCGUGGUGGCCAGUGGCAAUGGGGGCCAUCACAACGACAAUUGCAACUAUGAUGGCUACGCCAACUCCAUCUACACAGUCACCAUUGGCGCCGUGGAUGAGAUGGGUUACAAGCCGUUCUACGCGGAGGAGUGCGCCUCCAUGCUGGCUGUGACCUUCAGUGGAGGCGACAAGUUGAUGAGAAGCAUUGCAACAACCGACUGGGAUUUGCAGCGGGGAACGGGCUGCACAGAAGGGCACACGGGCACCUCUGCUGCAGCCCCCUUGGCUGCCGGACUGAUUGCCCUCAUGCUGCAGGUGCGUCCUUGCCUCACCUGGAGGGAUGUCCAGCACAUCAUUGUCUUCACAGCCACUAAGUACGAAGACCAUCGUGCCCACUGGGACAUCAACCAGGCUGGGCUAAGCCACAGUCACCAGCACGGCUUUGGACUGCUGAAUGCCUGGCGGUUGGUCAACGCAGCCAAGGUCUGGGAGUCUGUCCCUUACCUGGCCUCCUACGUCAGCCCCCUUCUGAAGGAGAGGAGAGCCAUCCCCCUGGACCCGGGGCAGUUGGAAGCCACCUGGAACGUGACCAGAGCCGACCUGGAGCCGUCAGGGUUGAAGACGCUGGAGCACGUGGCUGUGACAGUGAGCAUCACCCACCCGCGCCGUGGCAAUCUGGAGAUCCACCUCCUUUGUCCCAGCGGCAUGGACUCCCUGGUUGGGACAGCGCGCAGCAUGGAUUCAGACCCCACUGGCUUUGUGGACUGGACCUUCUCCACUGUGCGCUGCUGGGGCGAGGAGGCCCAGGGCACCUACCGGCUGACCAUCCGUGACGUGGGCGAUGAAACGCUGAGAGCAGGCAGGCUGGACCAGUGGCAGCUGACCCUCUACGGCUCAUCGUGGACCCCUGCUCAGAUCCAGGAGCGGCAGAGGCUGCUGGAGAAGGCGAUGAGCGGCCAGUUCCUGAAUGGGGACUUUGCCUUGCCUUGCCCCCCGGGCCUCCGGAUCCCCGAGCAGCAGCCCUACACCCUCACUGCCAACACCCUCAAGACCCUGAUGCUGCUCGGGUGCUUUGCCGUCUUCUGGACCUUCUACUACAUGCUGGAAGUGUUCCUGACCUGCGACAACGGGGCCUUUGACCUCCCAGCCCGCAGCCACCGGGCCUCCAAGAGCUCGGAAGGAGGAGGUCUGAUGGAGGACACGGUGCCCCUGUGCAAGGAAGCCGAGGCUGGAGCCCAGCAACCGUCCCCGGGCCUGCGAGACAUGGAGGAGGGCUGGGGAUCUCAAGGCCCUCACUGGGGAGAGGAUUACUAAACCUCCUGGAGCAGGAGCAGUCUACCUCGGUUGUGGCUUGCUGCGCAUGCUAGUGCUGCCUCCCUCUGCUCUGUGCUUCGGGGAUCAGCCAAGAGACCUCUCUUGCCCCAGCAGCUCUCCGAGAAGCAGCUUGGCUUUUCUCUGGCUGUCCUGGCUGUGCCCGUCCCCUCUUUGCCCCCAAAGAGGGCCAGAGAGGAUUCCUGGGCAGCGCAGGGGCAACGAGACCAGUCCCGCCCAAGGACGAGAGACUCUGGCCUGCGGAGGAGAGGGGCUGCUGCUGGCCAGAAGAGGGCUGUGGCCGUGGGCUCAUGCGGCACCCAGAGCUCCUCUCCUCGCCCCACAGCCUGGCAGGUCCUGGUUCUGCCAACCCGCUGCCUUAUCUUGCACUCUGCGCCGACUGGCUGUGCCCCCUGCCUGGAGUCAGCCCCAGAUUCUGCCACGGCUCCUGCGCUUGCCCGAGGGGCUCGGAAGGCACCAAGUUGGUUCUUCCACUCAGACUCCUGGGACCCUUCCACCCCGUGAGUCUUUCUGGAGACUUGGCUUCCUCUCCCAAGGUCACCCUCAAGCUGGACGACGUAUUUUGAUUUCUCUGGCUUUGGAUGAGCAGCAGCCAGAAUUCUUUUGCACUUUUCCAAAAUAAACGGUUGUUGAAA